AUGGUUGCUACGUGCGAGUCUGAAAAUACUGAGGCCAUCGAUCAGAGUUCGUUCUGGGAUGAGAGUGGGAUUCAUUGGGAUGCCCAUCGUAUUGGCUGGGCCAUAUCUGGAGCCUUUGCAUUAGCAGCCACUAUUAUCACGAUCAUAAGCGUUGGGAGACAUGCCAGGCACUAUUAUGUACCAAACGAACAACGGCAAAUAAUCAGAAUUCUUUACAUGCCGUUAGUAUACGCCAUCAUCAGCUGGCUCUCAUACCGCUUCUUCCGAGCUUAUACGUACUAUUCUUUUGUGGUCAUCAUCUACGAAGCCAUCACAAUCUCGGCUUUUAUGCUUCUGAUCAUACAGUAUGUUGCUUCUACGUCCUCAGGAAAGACUGCCGAAGGUGCAUUGGCAAGAAAAAACAAAGAGAAACUCCCUAUACCUUUUUGUUGCUGGCGUUAUAGGCCUACAAAGGCUUACUUCAUGUACACCAUCAAGUGGUCUGUUCUUCAAUAUGUGAUUAUUCGACCUGCCGUAUCGAUCAUUGGUAUCAUUUGCGAAGCUCUCCACAUACUAUGUCAGUCUAGCUGGAGCUACAAACACCCAAGCGUGUACCUGACUGCUGUGGAUUUUGUCAGUAUCAGCGUGGCACUUUAUGGCCUGAUUCUCUUUUAUGAUCUCACAAAGCAAGAGCUGAAUGGGCGCAGACCACUCGCAAAGUUCCUAACAAUCAAACUCAUUGUCAUGUGCACCUUCUAUCAAGAGUUUGUGUUUGAUGCGCUGCAAAACCACGGCAUAAUCAAGGCAACGGAGUACUGGACGGGGUCCAAUAUCGCCGACGGGCUCAAUGCGCUCGCCAUAACCAUCGAAAUGGUUUUAUUUGCUUUCUUCAUGAUGUGGGCAUAUCCCAUUUCGGAAUAUACUCGCCCUGAACUACCCAAAACGUCAGCUAAGCGUGCAAUUAUUGACAGCUUAAACUUUGGCGACUUCGUUGCCGAGAUAUGGGGUUCUUUGAAGUUCUUUUAUGACUACUCUGUGGGCAAACCGCAUACGCGAGGUAUACUUGCGCACGAUACGCCUGAUUUUGGCGAAGCGUUUGGCGUCCAUAACGCGGCUGGCAACCUGCGUACUAGAGGAGGCUCUGCUGCAAAUGUUGCGGCACAAAGCAUUCAGUCCGGCAAUAAACGCGAUAAUUGGCGAGCCAAGUCCUUCGAUGAUCUACCACGCCCCUCGAGCUCGGCCCUACGAACACCUGACUAUCCAACACACCUACUUGACACUGUUCAUAGGCACCAUUUUUGGCGCUUAAUUCUCGGCAACGGAGAAACCGGUGGAACCACUUGCGACUCUCCCUACGUCUGCACCAGGAUCAACGACUACUACUACCAGUGCUUGACUGGUUCCGGUAGUCCUACUACUGCUCCCACAACCGGCACCGGGCCAACCACCACCGCUGCUCCCCCACCGGCCUCUACUGGCGGAUUGGAUGGCCUGAUUAAAGCCAAGGGCAAGAAGUACUUUGGUACCUGCGCUGACUCUGCUCUCCUCAACAACGCCCAAAACGCGGCUAUCAUCAAGGCCGAAUUCGGACAGCUCACCCCUGAGAACAGCGCUAAGUGGGAUUCGAUUGAGCCGAGCCAGGGCAACUUCAACUGGGGCGGCUUCGAUACUCUGGUCAACUGGGCUGUUCAAAACGGCAAGAUUGUCCGUGGACACACGUUUGUCUGGCACUCCCAGCUCCCAUCCUGGGUGUCGAACAUCAACAAUCAAAAUACUCUGACCACCGUUAUCCAAAACCACGUCAGCACUAUUGGAAAGCGCUACGCCGGAAAGAUCUACGCCUGGGAUGUCGUCAACGAGAUUUUCAACGAUGAUGGCACCUACCGUAGCUCCGUCUUCUACAACGUCCUUGGCAAGAACUUCGUCUCGAUUGCCUUCAAAGCUGCACGUGCUGCUGACCCCAACGCCAAGCUCUACAUCAACGACUACAACCUCGACAACUUGGGCUGGGCUGCUCCCAAAGUCAACGCUGUAAUCAACUUGGUCAAGUCCGAAACUGCUGCUGGUACCCCCAUCGACGGUAUCGGCACCCAGACCCAUCUUAGCGCUGGUCAAUCGAGCACCACCCUCGAGACUCUGACCAAACUCGCCACUGCCGGUGUCGACGUUGCCAUCACUGAGCUCGACAUUGCCGGUGCCUCGGCCAAUGACUACGCCACCGUCACCAAGGCUUGCUUGGCCGUGCCAAAAUGUGUUGGUAUCACCGUCUGGGGUGUCUCUGACAAGGAUUCGUGGCGCUCGAGCAGCAGCCCGCUCUUGUUCGACGGCAACUACCAGAAGAAGGCCGCGUACAAUGCUGUUGCCCAGGCUCUUGCUUAA